AUGAGACUCCAAAACUCAUCCUCAAAUAAUGAUUAUGCACAACUGAAACAUUUUUCUGAAUGGAUUGCAAAAAUUGGAGAUGGCAAAAUUGAGGGGCAAACAGAUGAAUGUGAAUACAUAGAGAUACCUGGACAAAUACUCUUACAGUAUUCUACAGAUCCCAUUAAAGCAAUUGUGGAAAGCACGUAUCCAUCAUUCUCAAGUAUAAUUGAUAAUCCAUCGUACUUACAAAAAAGGGCGAUAUUGGCACCAACACUUGACGUGGUACAUUCUGUAAAUGAAUAUAUGAGUUCUUUAAACACGUCUGAUGGAAUUACAUAUUUGAGUUGUGAUAGUACUUGCAAAUCUGAUUCUAAUGUUGAUAUGUUAGCUGAUGUUCACAGUCCAGAAUUUUUAAAUGGAAUCAACUGUUCAGGUGUACCCAAUCAUGCAUUGACAUUGAAAGUUGGCACUCCAGUUAUGCUAUUAAGAAAUAUUGACCACUCAAUUGGUUUAUGUAGUGGCACAAGAAUGGUAAUUACUAAACUUGGAAACUAUGUUCUAGAAGCAAGGAUAUUGUCCGGAACAAGUGCAGGUGAGAAAGUACUCAUACCGAGAAUGUCACUUACUCCAUCAGACUUGAGGUUGCCGUUUAAAUUUCAAAGAAGACAAUUUCCAUUAAUUGUCUCAUAUGCAAUGACAAUUAAUAAGAGUCAAGGACAAUCGCUUUCUCAUGUAGGCCUAUUCUUGAAAAAACCUGUCUUUAGUCAUGGACAAUUAUAUGUUGCAGUUUCUAGGGUCACUACUCCAGAAGGGCUGAAAAUAUUGAUUUGUGACAGUGAAAGCACCAGAAAAACUUCAACAGCAAACAUUGUAUACAAGGAAGUUUUUCAGAAUUUGUAA